GCCCUUUCGCAACCGGAAGUGGCCCUCCCGAGAGGCGUGGCUAAGGCGCUCGUGCAGGAUACGGUGGCCCGGCGGGGCUAGGAAAGCGUGAAAUCUCGCGCGAUUGCGCUGCGCCGUCGGGGACGGGGCCGGGCUGGUGGCGGGGGCGGGGACCCGGAGCGGGAAGAUGGCGGCGGCGCAGGAGGCGGACGGGGCCCGCAGCGCCGUGGUGGCGGCCGGGGGAGGCGGCUCCGGUCAGGUGACCAGCAAUGGCAGCAUCGGGAGAGACGCGCCGGCGGAGACCCAGCCUCAGAACGCACCGCCCCAGCCAGCACCCAAUGCCUGGCAGGUCAUCAAAGGUGUGCUGUUCAGAAUCUUCAUCAUCUGGGCCAUUAGCAGCUGGUUUCGCCGAGGGCCAGCCCCUCAGGACCAGGCGGGCCCUGGAGGAGCCCCACGCAUCGCCAGCCGCAACCUGUUCCCCAAAGACACUUUAAUGGUAACUGCCGGGUACCAGCGCAGCCCUGUGGGGUCCCUCCUUCCCUGGACAGUCUUGCAAGGUGGAUGCCAGGAGACCAUGAGCCACUACUGGUGGCCAGGGGUCCAGGCUCCGGAGGCUGCAGAUGGCAGCAGAUCUCAUGUCCCCUCCUUUCCCCACCUGUUACCCACAGUGAUCAACAAAUACAAGCGCAGGCGAUUUCAGAAAACCAAGAACCUGCUGACGGGAGAGACAGAAGCAGACCCAGAAAUGAUCAAGAGGGCUGAGGACUAUGGGCCCGUGGAGGUGAUUUCCCAUUGGCACCCCAACAUCACCAUCAACAUUGUGGACGACCACACGCCGUGGGUGAAGGGCAGCGUGCCCCCUCCCCUGGAUCAGUAUGUGAAGUUUGACGCUGUGAGUGGUGACUAUUACCCCAUCAUCUACUUCAAUGACUACUGGAACCUGCAGAAGGACUACUACCCCAUCAACGAGAGCCUGGCCAGCCUGCCGCUCCGUGUCUCCUUCUGCCCGCUCUCGCUCUGGCGCUGGCAGCUCUAUGCCGCCCAGAGCACCAAGUCGCCCUGGAACUUCCUGGGUGAUGAGUUGUAUGAGCAGUCAGAUGAGGAGCAGGAUUCGGUGAAGGUGGCCCUGCUGGAGACCAACCCCUACCUGCUGGCGCUUACCAUCAUCGUGUCUAUCGUUCACAGUGUCUUCGAGUUCCUGGCCUUCAAGAAUGAUAUCCAGUUUUGGAACAGCCGGCAGUCCCUGGAGGGCCUGUCCGUGCGCUCCGUCUUCUUCGGCGUUUUCCAGUCAUUUGUGGUCCUCCUGUACAUCCUGGACAACGAGACCAACUUCGUGGUCCAGGUUAGCGUUUUCAUCGGGGUCCUCAUCGACCUCUGGAAGAUCACCAAGGUCAUGGACGUCCGGCUGGACCGGGAGCACAGGGUGGCAGGUAUCUUCCCCCGCCUGUCAUUCAAGGACAAGUCCACGUAUAUCGAGUCCUCGACCAAAGUGUAUGAUGAUAUGGCGUUCCGGUACCUGUCCUGGAUCCUCUUCCCACUCCUGGGCUGCUACGCCGUCUACAGCCUUCUGUACCUGGAGCACAAGGGCUGGUACUCCUGGGUGCUCAGCAUGCUCUACGGCUUCCUGCUGACCUUCGGCUUCAUCACCAUGACGCCGCAGCUCUUCAUCAACUACAAGCUCAAGUCCGUGGCCCACCUGCCGUGGCGCAUGCUCACCUACAAGGCCCUCAACACCUUCAUCGAUGACCUGUUCGCCUUUGUCAUCAAGAUGCCUGUUAUGUACCGGAUUGGCUGCCUGAGGGAUGAUGUGGUUUUCUUCAUCUACCUCUACCAACGGUGGAUCUACCGCGUCGACCCCACUCGGGUCAACGAGUUUGGCAUGAGUGGAGAGGACCCCACAGCCGCCACCCCUGUGGCCGAGGUUCCCACAGCAGCAGGGGCCCUCACGCCCACACCUGCACCCACCACGACCACCACCACCAGGGAGGAGGCCUCCACGUCCCUGCCCACCAGGCCCACCCAGGGGGCCAGCUCUGCCAGCGAGCCCCAGGAAGCCCCUCCAAAGCCAGCAGAGGACAAGAAAAAGGAUUAGUCGCAACUGGUCCUUGCCUGCUCCGGCUCCUGGUGACCACCACCCCUGUGCCCCGGCCCCCUUACCCCCCCUCCCUGUCGCCCUUUCCCUGGACAGAUCAGGCCAGGGUGGCGGGAGGCCCGCCUCGGGCCAGGGCCCAGCCUGUGACGUAGGGGCCGGGGCAGGCCAGGGCUUGUUUGUGGAGGCGCCGUCUGUCCCUCUGUCCCUGUGUGUUUCCAGCCAUCUCGCCCUGCCAGCCCAGCACCACUGGGAAUCAUGGUGAAGCUGACGUGGUGCUGCCGAGGGGGUGGGCGGGGGUGGGGCUGGGGCCGGGCCCCCCUACGGGAUGCCCACGGCCGUCCAUCAUCUUGUCCCUUAUCCCUCAACCACAUCCCCCCGACCGCCGCCCUUUAACACAGUCUGGAUUUAAUAAAUUCAUAUGGGUGUUUAACUUAAACUCA